AUGAUGACAGCCAAGGCGGUAGACAAAAACGCAGUCACACUUAGUGGGUUUGUGCACCACCUGUCCGAAAACCUUUACUCGGUGGAGGAGACCGCCACCACGCUGCCGACCUCAGUGAUCAACUUUCCUAAUGGUGACUUGGGAGGACCUUUUGACCAGCUGAGCGCUGUGACAGGAGAUGGCCUGAUCGGCGCGGACAUGAGCGACAAGCGGUCCCUGGAGCUGCAAUACGCCUGCGGCGGCUUCGCGCCGCCUCCGCGCAGCCAGCCCUUCACCUACAUGGGCAAGUUCUCCAUCGACCCGCAGUACCCCGGCGCGGGCUGCUACCCCGCCGACGGCAUCCUCAACCUGGUGAGCGCCAGCAUCCUGCAGGGGGUGGCCACGCCGCCCGCCCCCGCCGCCCCGACCUCCUCCUCCGCCACCUCGUCCGCCGCCUCCUCGGGGUCGCCCAACCCGCUGGGCUGCCCCAUGGCGCCCGCCGCCGGCGACCUGGAGCACAUGUACUCGCCGCCGCCGUACUCGGCCUGCGGGGAGCUCUACCACGCGCAGCAGCAGCACCCGCCGCCGCCGCCGCCGCAGGCGCCUCCAGACGGCGCGCCGCCUUUCCUGACCGCCUCCUCGGGGCCCUUCCCUCCGCCCCCUUCCUACCACCACUCCCCCAAGACAGUGACGCCCUCUGGAGCCGACGGCAGCGGCCUGUUCUCCAUGAUCUCGGACUACGCGGGCUUCUUCCCGCCGCCGCCGCCGCCGCAGCCGCCGUGCAGCCAGCGCGCCGACUUCCACGGGGCCGCCGGCGAGCGCAAGCCGUUCCCCUGCGCGCUGGACUCGGUGCGCGUCCCGCCUCCGCUCACGCCCCUCUCCACCAUCCGCAACUUCACCCUGGGGGCGCCCUCUGGCGGCCUGGGCGACGGCCCCGCGCCCGGGGGCCCGGGGGCCCGCUUGGCGGCGGGCGCGUACGGCAGCCCGGCCAACCUGCCGUUGCGCCCCAUCCUGCGGCCGCGCAAGUACCCAAACCGGCCCAGCAAGACGCCCGUGCACGAGCGGCCUUACCCGUGCCCGGCCGAGGGCUGCGACCGGCGCUUCUCGCGCUCCGACGAGCUGACGCGCCACAUUCGCAUCCACACGGGCCACAAGCCCUUCCAGUGCCGCAUCUGCAUGCGCAACUUCAGCCGCAGCGACCACCUCACCACGCACAUUCGCACACACACCGGCGAGAAGCCCUUCGCCUGCGACUUCUGCGGCAGGAAGUUCGCCCGCAGCGACGAGAGGAAGCGCCACACCAAGAUCCACCUCCGCCAGAAGGAGCGCAAAGUGGCCGCCGCCGCCGCCGCCUCUCACGCCGGCGGCGGCGGCGGCGCUGCCCCGGCUGGGCCCAUCUGCUCCUCGAGCGGCGGGCCCCCCAUCACCUCCUGUGCCUCACGGACCCGGACGCCCUGA